CAGGAAUGCUCCAGUCUUGAAACCACCGUCACUGGAAACAACCUCCACCGCCACCGCCAUCAUCAAUGCUUUCCUUUUUCGCGACCAAUUUUUUCAGAUAACGACAAUCCUGUUUUCCAUAUUUAGCUUCUCUGGGCAUAUUAAAGUCGUUCAAUGGAUCUGGUCUCAUCCCUGGUGGGGUUUUCACCGCCGCCUUAGAGCUCUGGUUUCCGUGAAACGUCCGAAAUUUCAAUUUGAUCUACUUUUCUAUUCUUUUUUUCUUCUUUUAAUUAGAGAGGUUUGGGUAGGGUUUGGACUUUGGAGCUGUAAAUCUCUGGCGAGCUGCAUUUGUGUGCUGUUCGACGUUCAGUAGUGGAGAUCGUCUGGUGUUUGGGAGAGGCAUCCAAAGAACUUGCUUUGAAUCAUGGACAAGAAGAAGUAUCCGAUUGGACCUGAGCAUUAUACUCUUUACGAGGAGGUCGGCAAUGGAGGCAGCGCAUCUGUUAAUCGGGCUCUCUGUAAUCCCUUAAACGAGAUUGUAGCUAUCAAAAUCCUUGAUUUCGAACGCGAUAACUGUGAUCUGAGUAAUGUCUUCAGGGAAGCUCAGACAAUGAUCUUAGUGGACCAUCCCAAUGUUCUAAAAUCUCAUUGCUCUUUUGUUAGUGAUCACAAUUUGUGGGUUGUCAUGCCUUACAUGGCUGGGGGUUCCUGUCUUCAUAUAUUGAAAGCCGCUCAUCCAGAUGGUUUUGAAGAAGUUGUCAUUGCCACUAUAUUGCGAGAAGUGUUAAAGGGCUUAGAGUAUCUUCAUGACCGUGGCCAUAUUCAUCGUGAUGUGAAGGCUGGGAACAUUCUCUUAGAUGCACAGCGUGGUAUUAAGCUAGGAGAUUUUGGCGUCUCUGCUUGCUUAUUUGAUUCUGGUGACAGAACACGCAUGAGAAACACAUUUGUUGGUACUCCUUGUUGGAUGGCACCAGAGGUAAUGGAACAAUUGCAUGGUUACAAUUUCAAAGCAGAUAUUUGGUCUUUUGGUAUAACUGCUUUGGAGCUUGCACAUGGGCAUGCACCUUUCUCAAAAUAUCCACCAAUGAAGGUACUGUUAAUGACAUUGCAAAAUGCGCCUCCUGGCCUUGAUUAUGAGAGAGACAAGAAGUUCUCGAAGUCGUUUAAGCAGAUGAUUGCUAGUUGUUUGGUAAAAGAUCCUUCAAAAAGGCCCACAGCUAAAAAGCUGUUAAAGCAUUCUUUCUUCAAGCAAGCUCGGUCAAAUGAUUAUAUAGCAAGAACAUUGCUGGAGGGCUUGCCAGAUCUUGGUGACCGACUUAAAGCUUUGAAGAGAAAAGAAGAAGACAUGAUGGCACAACAGAAGAUACCAGAUGGACAGAAAGAAGAAAUAUCUCAGAAUGAGUAUAAGCGGGGGAUAAGUAGCUGGAACUUCAACCUAGAUGAUCUAAAGGCCCAGGCUUCUUUGAUUCCAGAAGAGGAGACAAUUUCCGAAAAGGAUCCUGGUGGGGACUCAAAUUCAUACAUGGGGCAUGACACCCCUGAAAAACUUCAAAAUCAGCUCUUUUCGGUUAACCGAGUUCCAAAGCUUCAACAUCAGUUUUCAUUUUUAAGUCAAAGUUCGGAUGCAGAGAUUGAUGAUAACAAUCAAUCUGCUCCUCUUUCACCUGCUAACACUACAUCCACUUGUAAUGUGUCUAAAUGUGAAAAAUCAGAUGAUGACGAUAAAAGCAUUGCCAGUGAAAUGUAUGACCAUGAAACUUCGCGAGGCUGUUCUGUUUCCAACACUUACUUUGAAAACAAUUUACUUGGAAAAUCUGAAUUAGAAAAUGAUGCAAAGUUCUCAAAUGGCACACCUGCAUGUUCAUGGCCUAGGGAUAAAGUUCCACCUCAAAACAUAUCAGCUCCCAAUGGCGUUUCUCUUCCUCAAAUAGUAGAUCAAAUGCUAGCUGAAACCUGUAACAAGCCUUUGAUAACAUCUGGUAAACAUGAAGAUGAGAAUACAAAAGGCCAUGUUGUUCAACAAAAAGGACGUUUCAAAGUUAUGUCUGAGAAACUUGACUCAGAAAUGGUUGCUCCAGCUCCGGUACUACAGAAAAGCCAUAGCAUGGCGGUUGCUCAUCUAUCUAUCCACUCUUCUGUUUUUUCUUUUAUUCAAUUUGAUUACAUGAUCCUUCUUCAUUUUUCUAGACUGAAAUGUGCUUAGCAAGUAUCAUAAGAUGAGAUUGUAAGGGUACCCAAGUAGUGUGGGUGAUCAUAUUUAGAUGUUUGUGCUUAAUGAGAUGUUUGAAAUGAGUGCAGGUGAUUCCUCAACAUCCACCCAUGUCUCAUUCAUUGUCUACGGAUGCUAUGCUACCAAAUCUUCAUUCAAAUGCAUUUCUUCCAGUAUUGCAAAAUAUGUUGCAGGCAAAUAUUAUAGAAAGGGAGAAUAUUCUUAAUUUGAUGAGGCUAGUCUCUGUUGGAGAGGCACCAGUAAACCAUGCAGUGGAUGGGGCAGAGUUUUCGUUGAAUGCGGUAUCAGCAGAGAAAUCAUUGUUGGAGGCAGCUCAUGACAGGGAGAAGGAUUUGCUACGCGACAUAAGUGAUCUGCAGCGGAGGCUCGUGGGAGCCCAAGAAGAGCUUCAAAAGUACAAAACCAAAAAUGCAUAGAUGAACUAAAAAUGCAGAAUCAACACUGAAGUUAGACGAGGAAGUACAUUAAGUC